UUUUUUAAGAUUCCCAGUACAACGACCCAAUCUGGUCUUUAAACCCAGCGGCUGUGAGGCUGACAGGAGCAACAUGACGCACGGAGAGAAGGAGGACUAGUCCAGUUUCUUUCGUAACACGUUCACUGCAAGGUUUGUGAUUUUCCUUCAAAAAAGAAAAAUAACAAUGACUUAGAUUCCGAAACUUUUUGAAUCAGCCUGAGUGGGCCUCAUAAGAGACUGAGUGAGUGUGCAGGAUCUCGGUGUGAGGCCGCUGGCUUCCCUGCAGGAGAUUAUGCAGAAUGCAAACAUCUGGGCACAUCUGUUAGCCUGCAGCCUCCCCGCGCUGCUGCAUCCUUCCACAGCCUGUGAUCGUGCGGCCUCAGGCCUGCGUUCUGUCUUAUUAUGAGUCUGGUGUCGGGAUUCCCGCACCACCCCGCCAUGCACCACCACGAAGGCCACCACUACUCUUUGCACGCGGCGGCGGCGGCGGCCGGGCGGUGUCACGAGGAUCCCGGAGGCGCUCCAUACUUCACGAGCUGGCUCAUCAGCCACGCGGACAUGUCGGCGGCUGAGUACGGCCUCGCGCCCGGCUACAGUCCUGAGUACCACGGGGGCGGUGGCGGCUCUGCGGGGGGCCUGGACCCCCACCACCAUCACUACGGUGCCAGCGGCCUCAUGCCGGGCUCAGUGAACGGGGCCGCGGCGCACCACUCACACCCACGCACCGUGAAGCGGAGACCCACGGCAAACCGGAAAGAGAGGCGGCGGACCCAAAGCAUCAACUCGGCUUUCGCAGAGCUCAGGGAGUGUAUUCCCAACGUCCCGGCGGACACCAAGCUGUCCAAAAUCAAGACUUUGCGGCUCGCCACCAGCUACAUCUCAUACCUUAUGGACAUCUUGGACAAAGACGGGCAGCACGGAGAUGCGCAGGCGUUCAAGGCCGACCUGAAGAAGACGGAGGCCCGGGAGGAGCGCAGGAAAAGAGACGCGAACCCCUGGAAACACCCAUCGAGGCUUCCGGAUUGGGUGGUCAACCGUUAUCCCGCAUCACUCACCGCACCAAACCUGUUCUGCUCAUUUCCUCCGGAAACCAUCGUGGAGCUUCCCAAAGCAACGGCAUCAUCUUCAUCUUCAUCAGGAGAUAAGAAAAGUAAAGGUCGGACGGGUUGGCCCCAGCACGUCUGGGCUCUUGAGCUCAAACAGUAGCAUCUUCUUCCUUGCGAGUUGACGACAUUCUCCUCCACCUGGGGCUCUGUCCUUAAAAAAGGGUCACGAACCAAGACUUGCACACGUUGACGUCCCACUUUGGAGUGCUUUGGUUUGGGUUUUAAAUGAGUUAACUAUGGACACUGUGCAGAUCUGCUUGCUUGUCUGUGGUAAAAGGGAGCAACUUGAGAUUUAUAACCCUACUAAAUAUAAUUACAAAAAGGUUUAAGCUGCACCAGAGGAGGAUGCUGUGAUACAGCAGUCCAGGUAAAAUGGAGUGUGGAGUACAAUGUUACCAGAUGUACCACUGAAAGAUUAAUAGUCUUCAUUCACACACAGCUGCACCACACAAGUGCAGUUGCUUUGGGUUAGCAUGCUCUCCAACACUCAUAUGCAACACAAAUGUACAUUUUUAAUGUAAUGUAUUUAUGUGGCAGUUUGAAGGACCAACAUUUUCUUUACAAGUAACAAACAUUCAAAGAAGCCCUGGGUUUACUAAACAAAGAUGGGUCCGAAUCUUUCAGAACUGUAAAUGUUAAUGCAAGUGACAACAUUUUCCUUUUUAAAAUAAAAAACGUGUUGGGAGUUUAAUGAUUAUUGUGGGGUGUAAAGAUUAUUGUGACCAGAAUAAACCAAUUGUUUACAGACUAAUUUCAGCAAGCUGAACUUGUUUAUAAUGAAUUCAUUUUUAAUGUGUGUGUUGUGCUGUGUCCUAAUUAGUGUCCUAAUCUUUAUCUUUAAAGAAAUCUAUUCUUGUAAUAUUUCUCAGGAAUAUUGAGGAGGUUUUACUUGAAUGUUGCCAGAUUGUUGUUGCUUUUUUAUUUUGCUCAAUUAAAGUCCUGUAAGUCUUAGUUCCACUUGCUAUAAGAUAGUGGAAGAGCAAAAUUUAAGGCUUUUAAGAGCGACUUAUAGUGCGGAAAAAUAUGGUAGAUGGAGGACAUGGCAUAAUGAACACUUUCGUGUUCAAUUUGACCUAACUAACUGCAGAAAACAUUUUAGAGUGUGCGCAACAUGUAAUUCAUAAGAAAAACACUUUAAUACAAAUAGAAAUACAACCUCAUAAAAAGUCAGUGCUGUCAGUUGUGUAAAUAUUGGUGAGUUAAUGUGGUCAAAUAACCUUUCUUUUAAUAAAACAGUAAACUGUGACCAACUAAGAUGAAGGUUUGUUAGUCGCAUAAAUCUGAUACAUGUUGAUGUAAGUCCAAUGUUGAAAAGACUUCAAGACAAACAACAAGGGUCAUCUGGAGCCGUGAUGAGCUCAAACUUUUUUGCUGCUGGCCUCUAGAAAGGAAUGCAAAACAGCUCAGCAGGAGCCACCUCUGGAAAGUUUGACGGAUCAUUUUUCUACCUAACUGUGUCAGUCCUUGGCAUUCAGUUUUUUCUCUCUGUAAUUGUAUAGUGACUUUGCUUUGUGUGAGUAAAAAAAUCUCUUCCCUUUUACCUGUAACUUUACAUUCUCAGCCCCCCCCCCCCCCCCCCCCACCCCAAGUGCAGAGAUUUGCUUGGUCUACCUUCUAAUGUCUGUAAAAAUACUUUAAUCUGAAAUUCUCAGCUAGUUGCAACGCAUUGAGUGUGUAAGGAUAUAAAAUCUAAGAUACACAGUUUAACUACAACUACAACAAGCUAAAUUCCAGACUUCUGAGGCAAGAUAAGAUGUUAAUUACAACUCAGGUAUCACUUCUGGGCUUUGUGUGCAAUUAUAGCACUCACAGAAAUUUAGUCCCGUCACUUCAAAGUUUCUUUUUUUUAAAGCAAAUGAAAAUCAACAUGGCUGAAAAAUUAGUUGAUGUUAAAUAGCCACCACUCAUUUUUCAGCAUGGCAAACAACAAUAAACUGAUCAGUAGGAGGUUCUGUUAAUAGUUAGCCUUACCUUAGGAGGAAUACUCACCCAUAGAGCAGUCAGUAAUCAGGAUAGUCUGAUUACUGACUGCAUAGUCUUUUAGCCCUGUUAGUCUGAAAUCCUCUAGACUGAGAGCUGGACCAGACUAAUAAACCAAUAAAAACCCUAACAGCAUACAUACACGAACACACAUUUAAAUCAUGAGACCACCCAGGGCUGAUAGACCACCUGGCUGAGCGGUCCACCACUGCAUGUUUUUGAUCAGGAACUCUGGGGUGGACAUAAAACCUGGUUAGAGGUGAAACACAUAGGCAUGUGUGUGUGUGUGUGUGUGAGUGAAAGAGUGUGUGUGGGGCCAUAACACUGUCAUACACCUCAACACACUAGCGCACACGUGGUUAAUAAUGGAACUUGGAUUUUAUGGUUGCAGUUGGGUAUAGUUGACGGCAUUUGUGUGUGAGUGAUCCUAUGGCCAUUAGAGCGGUGUGUGACAUUGUGGGGAGUGAAGGGCAGACAAGUGUGUGGAUUUGGACCAGAAAGGAGUAAAAACACACCAGGGAUUUUCAGAGACUAUUUUAAGGCUACUUAUCCAAUUAUUAGAUGGUCAAAUAAAAGAACUGCCAUCUAUUUCAGAAGUCCAUGUUCUGAAAAAUCCAGUCUAUGACAUAAAAUCUUACGAAGACAAAUCAAAAAUGCAACAAAAAACUGACUCUUUGCGUACUGCUUUUUGCAUGUUUUUUUAUACCACUGUAAAAUAUUUUCCCCAUAAAGCUAUACAACACU